GAGAAACGCGACGAUCUGCUCCUACCACACAGCUCGACAUGUCUCAAGGGGAGAAGCGGCGUGUUUCCAGGGUUAGCACGAGUCGCGGUUUUUCGGUGGGGUUUACUUCGAUUUCCUCUGGAGAACUUAGUUCUUUGACCACCUGCAACUGUGAAAUUGCCGUGUUGCCACUGGAGCUGCUAAUUCAGCUACAGGGGAACUACUUCGAGAAAACGGAAAAUGAGCUUAAAAUCCAAAACAAUUUUGGAGGAUACAAUGUUUUUUGCGACAAAAACGUGGUGCUAGACGGAAAACUGUACGAGGUGGAAAACUUCAUGGAGAGGUUUAUUGUCCUCGAAAGUCAUAAGGAUUACAGGAACUUCAGGGAAUAUCUCCUAGCAAAACCUCUUAUUCUCUUUACAAAAGCCUGGAGGAUGAAGAAAGUGUUGCUUAACUGUGAAAACAAUGGAAAAACGUUUGCUGUAAUCGUAAAUACAAGGCAUCCUGUUAUACAUUAUGCGAUUGAAAAUGGAUUGAAUAAUAUCAUAUCGUCAGUCUGGGGAGAGAGUUAUGAACUUCAGUUUGACUUUGCAGAAACAAUCAAAGAGUUUUUCGCAAUGACUGGUUAUGACACCAAUGUUAAAGGUCUGAGUUUUAGCUUCAGAUUCAAAGCAGAUGCCUUCUUUGACCUUUUCUACAUGUUGGGAUUCAGUAGCAAAAAAGUCCCAGUAAAAGGGAAAGUUUUGAAUCUAUUUUCCUCCAUUGAAGAAAAGAAGAACAAAGUAAAAAUGUUCCUGGAGAAAAUUAGUGAACCCUACAUAAAGCGAACUAGUGUUUCUGAUUGCAGAAUGAGCUCCCUGUCCACAGGCUAGGUUGAUGAUGAUGUCUUCAGUGGCUCACCAAGUACUACACAUCCCAGAGCAUCCCUUGUAGGGCAAGGUCCUUUAUUUGCAAUUUAUGAAUAAUAAAUCAGCCAUAUUUAUGGGACUGAUUCUUUUGUCUUUUUUUUUUUCAAAUAGUUUUUUUCAGUCUUAUUUUUGUAUUUCUUUUGAGCCAAUGUAAUAAAUACAAGAACAUUUAUUGAAUGAUUCUUUUCCUUGUAUUUUCAUGGCACUUUGUUUUAAAUAUAGCUUUUUCCCAGAUCAUCCAUUAUUUCAUAUUGUAGUAUUUAAUGAAUAGUUUCAGUUAUCAUUCAUCAUUUUCUUCAUGCAACGGCUGUAGCUAUGUGGAUUUUAGGUAUCAUGGGUAAAUAAAAAUUAAAUUGUUUAAUAUCACUGGAUCAAAUGGUAUACUUGUACAAUCAAUGUCGUCUGUCUUCAUACUUUUUGUCUUUACUGUAAAUAAAAUUAAAUAAAUAAAAUUAA